CGUUGACAGACUAUGCGCCGAAGGUUGUGUCCGGCCAUACCAGCUACCAGCCGAUGGUUAAGCUGGAUGGUUACCAGUUUGGGAUGACAUCAAACUCUCCCUAUUCUUUAUCUGUUCAGAAUAGAUUUGGUCAAACAGCCGAGUCUGUGGUGACACCAAGCAGCCAGCCUACCUCAACAUCAGUGUUACAAGGUGGUCUGCCAACAGUUUCUAUUCUUAGUCAGCAACUUAGUGGCGGGGUUAAGCCAAAACCUAUCAUCUCCAACGCCCCUACAAUCCUGACCACUGCAAAUUUUUCUUUAUCCCACACCUUAAACAAUUCUUUCUCCAGCCCUUCAAAUAUUUUGUCAUUUUCAUCAAUUUCACAUGAAAAUCAAGUUCGAAUCUCCCAUGGGGAUACAAUACAACACCAUCAAGAACCGCCAGGGCACCAAAAUCAACCACAGGAUUUUGAAAAAAAAAACAUUGCCAUACCACCGAAAAAAAGGAAAGCUGCAGAGAUGGAAAGUGAAUUUCCCCAGUCCCCUGCUGUUUCCAGUGUGCCGCCUGUCUCACUUCAGGCUGGACCUGCCCCCAAAAGACCAAUGUUAGACUUGAGGGAAUGGAAAAACCAACGUGUGUUAGCCAAACGCAAUGGUAUAUUUGAGGUUGCAAUCAUCAAAUGGAUCCAUCAGAACAACCAGGAUAUUGAUGUGGAGUUUGAAUCAGACCAUUGUCAAAUGACAUUUUCCAAUGUGUUUGAUCCUAAGAACUGUCUGCUGGUUGGGGAUAAUCACCCCCAACCCUCUGCUUUGACUAAUGGUCGUGUUGUUUGUGUCAGAGUGAAUCAGGAGACCAAUGUGUUCCAUGAAGGUGUCAUAAUUGAAAGGCGAGCAAAUCCUCCAUCUUUUCUUGUAAAACUCAAUCGAAAUGACCAGUACCAAGAUGUGCCAGCUGAUGUCACCACUUCAAGAGUCAAUAUCCGUUUGUUGCAGCCUCCAUGGUUUGAUGAUAUGGAAGAUAUAUCUGCAGGAAGCAGCAGUACAGGGGAAAAUUCUGAGCAGUGUUUUUCACCUGUCAAUCAAAUGCCCAGCUCCUCCAACCAAGGAGGAGUUUUGUACCGUAUAGAACGCCCGGUCUCAUCCAGCGCAGGUUCCUUGGAGCAUGUUGAUGAUAUGUCUGAUGAUGAGAUGUUGAAUGACUCAAUUAGCUUUGAUUCCUCAGGUAUGAGCACACCAAGAUCAGGUAGUGCCACUCCUGGUUCUGGGUCAAGGUCACAAAAUGGCCGUAAGAACCCUCCUAAGAAACGGGACCCUGACCGCAGUCGAAGUGCUCAGUCGACGGAAAGUUCUCGAUCCAGCACACCAAGAUCACCUCUUAAUGGGAAGUACAAGAAAGGAGAUGUGGUUAGUGCAGCAAAUGGGGUUAGGAAAAAGUUUAAUGGUAAACAAUGGCGGAGAUUGUGUUCUCGUGAAGGGUAAGUAUCUUCUUAAUUUAUGCAUACUUACCAAUUUAUAAAGAAUUCCGUAAUUCUAGGUUACAAUUAAAGAAUUAUUUGUCAUGUGUUUUUAACUUAAUAGUUUAGGGUAUGGGGAAUCAAUAGUCUAAGUAAAAGAGUAUGUAAAAAAUCUGAUACAUUUGGUUUAAAAUGUAGUUUUCAUUUUAAUGGAAUUUUAUUUCAACUCACUACCCAAUGCUAAAGCUGGUCAAAACUAAUAUUCCAGGUGUACCAAAGAAUCUCAGCGUCGUGGAUUCUGCUCAAGACAUCUUUCCCUCAAAGGCAAAAGUUUGAGACAGGCUCCACCAUUUCCUGGGUGUCGACAGGGAAAUUUGAAGGAGGGUCCUAUGGACUGGCCUGGGGAAGGCCAUCAAGAAUAUGAUAGGGAUCGUAUGAUGGCUAACAGGUAGAGACUUUAACUUUAACCCAAUUUACAAGUACUUGUUGAAUUAUGAAAUGAAACCAAAAUUUUCUUUGUGCAGGAGUAGGACAGCUUGAAUCUUCACAAUUUGUUCUGUUGUAGUGCAAAUGCUUUUUCCUAUUUGACCUUCAAGAGUUUUAUCAAAUAUUUGAGCUCCUAUAUGAUAAAAUAUGUCAUUUAGCAUCAAUAUCAAUAGGGUGUUAAUUGGAACGAAUGUAGCUGAAGGUGGUGUUUGUUUAACAAGUGAAAAAAUAUUUAUAAAAAUUUAAUGGUAAAGAUAAUUUUACAUUACAACCUUGUUUAUUUUGUAAUCAAAACAAUCCUCAUUUGGUUAAACAAUAUUGUUUAUUUAGUGAUCAAAACAUAGUGGGUUUUUUAAAGUUGUCACUGUUAUAAUUAUUAUCCAUUAUGUUGGAUAACUUUAAAAAAAACAUCAUUGGUGUUUUUAAACAUAUUUUUAGAUUUGAUAGUAUUUAUAAACUUAAGUUUUGAGAAACAUGAUGCGACCAACAGGCAGUAAUUAAUUAAAAAUUGCCCUUGCAGAUUUGACAUGGAUGAAACAGAGGCGGCAAACAUGCUUGUGUCACUGGGUAACUCAAGAUCUACAAGCCCAUCAUUUCCACCCAGUCCAGCACAGAGUGGCUUGAGUUCCAUGCAGUCCCCAACAGGGCCCUAUCGUUCAUCCACCUCUUUCACUCCCAUUUCACCCCAUACGAACCCACAAGGACCCCCUGGGUUUGUUUCAUCCCCUGCAAAGAGUUGGAGCUCCAAGUCUGGAAGUUCCUCAUCAGAUCACGUUUCUCCCAUUACUCCAAGAUUUCCUGCUGCUGCAGUGUUUCAGCCGCAGGUACGCGCUCGAUAAACGAGAUCUAUUCAUUUUUUACUUGGUAUUUAUAAUUUAUUGGCUAAAUCGUUUUAUGCUUCGGCUUUUUUUUUUAUCUUCUUCCUCUGUCCGCUUUUACUGAUGGUUAGUUGUGGGGGUGGUAAAGUUGGCAAUUAGCUGCAAGUUGUGAGGCCUGCUGGAGGCUUAUGUUGUGGACUCUUUUGUCCAGCCCAUCAACUAAAAGUGUGAUCUUUCUCUGGCCUUGAAUCCAGAGUACCUGCUAUUGUAAGCUUUCAAUGUAGGUUGGUUGCUAGGCAAACUGACGAGGUGGCCAAACCAAUUAAUUUGCUGUCCAGCCAAGACUGGCUGAUUGGGAUGGGCCAACCAUUUGUAGUUUUUCCUGGUUCCAGUUGUAACUUAGCUACAAAUGCCUUCUUAGAUUUGAAUUUGGUUUGACCUAAAACUAUUAUGCAGUACCGGUUGUAGGAAUGUUGAAAUAAAGACUCUUAGCAUAAAGAGUACCCAACAAUCAUCAAAUCAGUUCAAACAAGUUAUUUCUAUACCAAAUAUAACAAUCUCCCCCAUUGGUUACUUCUUUUAGUAUAUAUCCUUGAUUUUUUUUCUAGGACAGACCAUGAGUUAUUUAUAAUCUAGAUAGACUGGCAACAGAUUUCUUUUUGAAAAAAAAUGUUUUCGAAAGAAUUUUUAUAAAGGUCAUUUAGGAUUAUGCAGAUUGAAAAUUAACACAAAAUAGGUAUAAGAAUUCAAUAAAAAUUAUUCCGUUUGAUAACUUAGUAACAUUAUGUGCCUACAGUAAAAUUUAUUGGUUAAUGCUAUAAAUUUUAUCAACUGAUGUAUCUUAGGUUCUGGACCCCCGCAUGUCAGCCAAGUCUCGUAGUAGUUCCCUAGCGCUGGUCAAGCAGGAUUCUGGACAUAGUGAGGACUCUGGAGUAGAUGUUCAUACUCCAAAGUCA